AUGGUGAAGGUAACCGUCGGCAAAGCGGAAGACCCCUGGUGCGAGAUCGACCUCACGGAGGAGGAUGUGGAGGAUUGGAGAAAAGGCGUCGACAUCGCCGAGGAGAAGCUCAAGGAGGUCAUCCAGCUGCCCCCAAUCACGCUGGACAACUGCCACGAGCGAGAGGAUGGCGACCUUCAGUGGGAUGAGAUCACCUUCGAAGAGGAGGUGAAUGGGAAAUAUUGGCAUGCAGUCAUCAUGUCCUUGCAUCGCAUUCGGGAAGACUUCGUCAAGAAGCAGCGAAAGAUGAAGCAUCUGGACUGGUACAUGACGAUGAAGAAAACAAGCGACAAGAGGAAUGCCAAGUACUACGUGUAG